AUGAAAAGCCUUUGUUUGUUUUUGUGCCUGCUGGGCACAAGUGUUGCCCUAAGGGAAAACUUCUGUGAGCGGAAUGUGACCGUUAGCAAAAUGGUACCCGUGAUGAAGCAACGAACGACGAUCAAACAGCCGCCCAAAUGGAAGGUGUGGAAGAAGGCACAGCGCGUCACAGAAUUCUACAACACUCACGAGGAGCAGCUCAGCUAUAAGUUAAUCUUGGAAUGCUGUCCGGGGUAUAUGCAAGUGGAGUCCGGUCUCUGUGAGCCCAUCUGUGAUCGUGGCUGUCCAGCCUAUGCCAGCUGCGUGGCGCCACAGCGCUGCCAAUGCACGCGUGGCUAUAUCUCGGCUGUGGCACAUCGCGAUGGCAGCCACUACUGUGAGCCCAUCUGUGAGCGCGGCUGCCUCAUCGGCUCCCAAUGCGUGGCACCUAAUACGUGCGCCUGCAAAGAUGGCUUCAAGUCACUGCCACCCAAUGGGGAUGCAAUCAGUGCGCCCUGUGAGCCGAUCUGCACUCUGGGCGACGGCUGCGCAAAUGGACAGUGCGUCGAUGUGGAGCGUUGUGUUUGCAAUCGGGGUUAUCAGUGGAGCGAGGAGAGCAGCACUUGUGUGGCCAACACGGACGUGCAGGAGGAGUCAAACGACGAUUUUACCGAGCUAAGGGAUUAUCUGAGCAGCACAGCAAAAGCGACAACGUUUGCCUCUGUUGUAGCCGCCGACUGUGAAGAUGGAUUCGUUUUCUAUUCGGGUGAAUGUCGUGCCGAACUCUUUGAAAGCAAUGAACCUAGCGCUGUCAAGGAUUGCCGCCAGUUCGACUGUGGUCCAAAUCAGAGCUGCAGCGAACAGGGCAAUUGUAUCUGCAACGCGGGCUAUGUUGAAGUGCUGGCCGAUGAUGAAGAUGUGAAGAAGAACUCGACGCUCUCCUGUCGUCCCAGUCUGUUCGAUCAACUGCUCGGCAUCGAUGAGACCACUGAUGAUGAGGAUGAACUUAAUUCGCUGACUAUUCUAAUUGUGGGCAUGGCUACGGUUGUUCUGCUCAUGAUUGUGAUACUGGGUUUGCUGGGUGGAAUGCGACGUCUUCGAGGCCAGCCGGAGACCGAACCCAGGGAGCAAACUCUGCAAUGCGAAUUCACACAGAAAUCGUACGAUUUGGAUGAGUCGGUGCCGUAAGAUGGGAUCAGCUCAAAGAGAAUUCAUGUGGGCUGUGUUAGUUAGACUUUGAUUGUUAGCCUCUAAAGUUAUCAUAAUAAAUGUUUUGUAUAUUGUUUGUAGACUA